UUUUGUCACUUUUCCCCGUCCUUUCCUACUAGUAGAUGAAGGCGGCGGCGACGACGAGAAGACGAUAGCGGAGGAGAGUGAUGGAUCAGUUUUCUGGAGGGAAUUGGGGGAUGAUCCCCAACGAGCAGGGGCACGGAAACUUCGGUGCACCGGCGAAUCAGGACCAUCUGUUCCUCCAACAGCAGCCGCCGCCGCCGCUGCAGCAGUUUCAUCAUCAGCAACAGCAACAAUUCCAACCACAAGACCUGCAGUUUCAGCAGUUCCAACAACAGCAAUAUCAGCAGCAGUCACAACAGUUCCAUCAACAGCAGCAACAGCAACAGCAACAGCGUAUGUUACAGUCGCCUCCUCUUAUGCAGUCACCGCCGCUACAAGCUCCAACCCCGCCGCCGCCGCUGGUGCAGACGCCGUCGCAGAUGCAGAUGCAGCCGCCGCCGCAGCAUCAGCACCAAUCGCUGGCUUCUCAUUUCCAUCUCUACCCGUUGGUGGAGAAAUUAGCGGAUGCAAUCGAAACUGGAACACGGGAUCCGAAUUCUGAUGCCCUGGUUUCUGAAAUGAACAGCCAUUUCGAAAAGUGUCAGCAGCUGUUGAACUCGAUUUCAGGAUCUCUUGGCUCUAAAACAAUGACUGUGGAUGGACAGAAGCGAAAGCUGGAAGAAAGCGAGCAGUUGCUUGAGCAAAGGAGGGAAUUGAUUGCAAAAUACAAGACAUCUGUUGAAGAUCUCAUCAAGUCUGACCCUUAAUUCCUUCUCAUGCAUACUUGAGGAUUUUGGAAUCGUGAAGUGUAUCUCUACGACCAAAUCAUCUCUGACUUGGAUUUUCCGGUUUCAGAUAGUUCUACACCAUGAUGAUACUCCUCUCACAUCUAAGGUCUAUGAAUCCCGAAGAAGCGUGAAAUCAGCCUACGUAGUUUGUUCCUCGUCUACAUCAGAAGCAAUCGAUAGAAUACCAAGUGGGGUCGAAUCAUUUCCAGGGAAAUCGAUGUAAAAAGUGUCAUCCAUGAGGCUGUAAACGGGAUCUGAACCCUUAAACCAGGUAUUAAUCAUCGAUUUCAUGUAAAGAAUCUCAGGUUUUACUUUGAAAUCUCAGCAUCUGGGGAUUUUGAUAA